ACCGUAGCUGCAUAAGUACACCCUUGUUUCUUUUCUUCUUCAUCUCCAUCUUCCCCCAAAACGCGUCUUCGUUUAUACGAAGUCGUCAUUCGUGAAUAUCGCGAGUCUUACCAAUAUGGAAUCUCGAAUUCUACGUGCCAAUUAAGGCCUACAAUCUAAUUCUAUACUUCUCCUUUCUUUUUUCCCUCUUUCUCUCUCUUCUUUUCUUCUUUCGUAUUCUCUAUCCUCUUCCUUCAUAAUGGCCACCACGGCGCAAACUCGCGACGGUGAUCGCGUCGUUGAUUCUCACCCUCUCGCCGCAGAGCUUGCCAAAGUCCUACCCAAGGAUCGCAAGUUUACCGCCUAUCACCUCUCGACACCUCCUACGAUAGCCGACCCUCUUUGUCUUCCUCCUGCUUAUAAUAACACUUCUAGCGAUUCCAAAGAUAGGCGACCAAGUAAACCGUUAAAAACAUACUGUGAGAAGCACUUUUUGGCUAUCUCCAUCGGAGCUGGGAAAGAGGAGGCCCAUCGUGAAAAAGAAAUUUUGGUUCUAGGACUAGAGAUCUACAUAUACACAACAUCUUUCUCUACUAUCAUAUUCGUCUCCAAGGCAGAUUCUACUGGAUACUUGAACCUCUUGAAUCUCCCCAAAGGAACACCAUCUCCAAUUCGAGAGAUUACUUCUUGCUUUCUUGCUUUCUUAGUCGCCAAUCGAAGACGCCAGUCAAAACAACUAGUCGUAAACCUGUUCGCCCGAGCUCAAUCACAAUAUCUCUUUGCAGGAAGCGUAAAAAAUAAUGGCAAGCAUAUACUAGACGAUAGAGGCUUGGUAAAGUGGUGGUGUCGAGUGCUCAACACGUUACUUGAAGGUGCCGACUAUGAGGACGUAAGAAAACCCUGGGAAUCCAUGCAUGGAUACUUGGUCAUUCCUGGGUUAGACAAUUAUGAGACCAGAGCCUUCUUGCCCCGAACAAGUCUAGCAACAUCCAACUGGACGUUGAACCAUCCUCUCGAGAAGAUAUCACCGUACACGAACGACCCGGACAGCUUUGGUACCAAUGUUCAUCCCAGGUCCCUCAUACCCAUGUACCCAGAUGAUCCAAAGGCGCGUUUUGUUCAGGAGCUAGAGGAAUCAACAGCCGAAAAGGCCAAAUUGUUGAAUGGUUGGAAGACACCAAAAACACUAGAUCAAUUUUGGGAGAUGAUGGCAUUCCGGCAAGAGUGUUCCAGUGGUAGAUUAACCGGUUUUCUAUGGGUUGUCUUUGAACCUAAAGCCGAUUCGAAACCCAGCUCGUCAACCGCGAAGCCCGCAGCCACCAUUCCUACACCGAACGCUUCGUUUAGUACUACAACCGACGACGUAACGCCACCCACUACACCACGACCUACCCAGCGGGGAAAUACUUCUCUUACGACUCCCGGCGCUUCAUCAUCCAAACUGAAUGGCUUGAGAACAAGAAAGCUUCGACGGAAACACAAAGCGAAGAAAGUUCUAAGCGGUCCAAUCAUCCCCAGGAAGCCUCAGAUUAAGACUCGUCAACGAGAAUUCCCAAAGUUGGUCGAAACGCCGUAUUACUUCUGGCCGAAGAAUGGAAGAGGCCAAGUCGUCUUGAAUGAUAAUAGUUAUAAGAGAGCCAUCGAGUUACUACUACAUCUCGAGUUUGGAACUUUGGAACAAGGAGUCUUAAGCACUGCACGAUGGACCCGAGAGGUGAACAUGGGCGAAAAUUGGGCACUGGAGAUAGUUGGCGAGAGAGCAGCUGUCGAUUCAACGGCAUCAUCAUCCAGUACAGAGGAGACGGUCAACAAUUUGUCUGGGGUGGUAAGGAAGAAGCGCUCAGCUGAUGAGGCCACGAGUGAAUCUGUCUUAUCUUCUCCAGCAGUUAAUACGCUAGGCGAUAGCCUUAUUAGGAAGAAGGCGAAGCUUGAUGCUAGUACGACCACCACAUCUGUUGGCCCCGAGGCCGAGUCAGAACCUAAGGCCAAUGUUCUUGGAGCUGGGCUGGUUCGAAAGAAGCCAAAAGCAUGAAUCUUUUUUUUUUUUUUGAAAUAAUAUCAUUAUAUUGGCGCGGGGGAGGAUAGGAUAGCUCAGAUUGCUAGGCGUUAUUUAGUAUUGGAACAGUACUGGCUUAUACCAAAGGCUCAGGAGCAACAGCGGGCUUUCGCGGACACAAGAAAUAUGAUCCUUGCAGCAGUCUUUAUUUUAUUCUUUUCUGGGAGAUCAGUCUAUCUCAAGAGGUCAAUACCAGUGCUUUGGAAUACCCAUCAACUUCCUCAGUUUGAUUGAGUCUGCUCGUAUUUCAGCCCCUGUCGACUACUUAGCUAAUGAUACACAUAUAUGAUAUUCAACACUCGACAAUAAUGGGGCUUAUUUAUCUCCUCCAUGUAAAUCAUGUUUAGAAUAUUCAGUGGCCUAAAUAUUUACACACAUCAUGCUUUGAUUUCAAUUAUGUUCGACGCUUGGCACGUUCUAAUGUAGGACAUAGACUGCCCUAUUUGUAUGAGGUGAUGCAUCCAAGUACCCAGCACAAAGAUAAUUGUUAAACGUUCACAAGAUUAGGU